AUGAUAAUUUUUGUUGCGGACGAAAUUUGCAGACUUUCCAAAAAAUUUACAAAUUUUAUAGUUGAGGGUGGCCACUUUCUUAAUUUUGAUUUGGCCCGUUUUGACGCCAAUUUCUUCGGGCUCUCAGCCUUGGAAGCAUCUGCAUUAGACCCUCAACAACGCCUCUUGCUAGAAUGUGCUUGGGAAUGUGUAGAACAGGCAGGCUUUAAUUCCCCAAAGGACUUGGAGCAGUGUGGAGUUUUUAUUGGAUUUAUGAGUAAUGAAUACCCAGAUUUGUCUGAACAACAAGGCAACGCGCUUCAAAUAGGCCCAACACUUUCUAUAGACACAGCCUGUUCUAGCUCACUUGUAGCCUUACAAUUGGCAGUAGAAGCAAUUACAACUGGGCGAUGUCCUAGAGCAAUAGUUGGAGGAGUUAAUUUAACCCUCACAGCUAAGGGAUUGGCACAACGUGCAAACGCUGGAAUGUUAUCAGAAGACGGUUGCUGUCGAGUUUUUGGUAUUGAUGCUAAUGGAUAUGGCCGAUCUGAUGGUUGUGUUGUAUUGAUGAUAGAGAGUGCAGUUGAAUGUGGACAUGAUGGCCGUAGCGCAGCCUUAACUGCCCCAAACGGCCUAUCUCAGCAACAAUUACUGGUUAGAUGCCUAGAACAGCUAAAUCCAGAAAAGAAAUGUUCUCUUCGCUGUUGGGAGUGUCAUGGGACUGGAACGGCACUUGGCGAUCCUGUGGAGUUUUUAGCGUUGGCCAAGUCUUUGAAUUCUUGUGGAUUAACUAAAGGGGUCUGGCUUGGGACUGCAAAAGCAAAUAUUGGACAUACCGAGGCUGCUUCUGGUCUUGCUGUGCUACAAUUAAAAAAUGCCGAAAUGCCUCCUUUACCUAAUUUUAAAAGAAUAAAUCCUGAAAUUGUUCGAGGAAUGGAAGCUAAUGGCUGGGGAGAUUAUGAGAAUGAUAAUUGGCCUGUUCGCCUAGCAGUUAAAAAAUCCACUGGAAUAUUGAAGGAAGGAGAAGAUAAAGUAAGGAUUUUGUUUUAGGAGAGAGAGAGACUAUCGUAGAUUUCCUCUGCCCUUUGGAGCUUAUUUGCCUUCGUAGCUAUGUGGACGAGUAGUUGAGAGUCAUUGGGACAUUCGACAAUUGGCAGAGAACAUUCUCCAUCCCAUUGAGAGUUC